AUGUUUCCAAUAAAUACACCACAUUCAAAGGAAGCAUUUUUCAUGCGCAAACUUUUCCACGAACAUUUUCCAAGUGAUAAUGCUGCAAAAACCGUAAUGAAAUGGAUACCGAAAUGGCAGGAAAAUGAAGAUCCAUCUGGAAGAGCCUCGAAAGUACACAAAAUGAGCAUCCACAAAGAUGAGGAACGGAAAAUCAGUUGUGGAUCUUCCUCAAACUGGUCAGAGGAGAGUCUGCCCGAUGGCUACACAACAGCAGUUAUUAUCAAUGAACACGAUGAUUCAGAAGCAGAACCUCCACUCUUGGUGAAAAAUAAAAAAGAAUCACGACAGCCGGCGUAA